AUGUAUGUUUGGUAUUUUCCAAUGGCUCUCGAUUCUGUCAGCACAUUUGUCAGGGGCCACCGGCAUUACUGGUUAUGGGCAAUUGUCUGGACAAGUGGUCCCGAUCCGGACGAAUCGACGUUUCUUGGUGUAUCAAUGUCCGGUGAUCACGGAAUUACGAAGCAAUUGCGACCAAAAAGUAAGUAUGUAUUUAAUGAGACUACUGUCCUACUCAAGUCGCACGAGGGAUUUUUUAGCACACGACAGGGUCUAGAAUUAACUAAAAAGAGCGGGGGAACCCAGAAUCUCGUCACGUGGGACCAGCUUACUCCAGAGGCACGAACGUCUUUAUCGUCACUCUUUCGGACUGAAGUGACUGCCAACCCACCGUUACAGGACAGACAGUACUUUGAUAUAUUGAAAAAGGCCUACUUGUGGUAA